GACACGUGGCAUUGUGUUUCUCUUCAUGGCGUUCACUGUGAGAAUUUGCUACACUUCCUUCCCUUGCGUUCCUCGCAUCCCACAAACUUCGAGAAGAAAAAAUGUCCAUUUUUCAAUGAUUCGUGCGGUUCAAAGUGGUGAAGCAGACACCCCAGAGAGUAAGAGUGAAGGGUCAUCUAAGGCUCAGUCUUCAAGCGCUGCUCCUAAGACUCCCAAGAAACCUGUGUAUUCCAUGAAGAAAGGUCAGAUUGUGAGGGUGGACAAGGAGAAAUAUCUCAAUAGCAUCAAUUAUCUUUCUGUUGGGCACCCACCUUAUUACAAAGGAUUAGACUACAUUUAUGAAGACCGUGGGGAGGUCCUGGAUAUGCGUAUAUUUGAAACAGGAGAGCAUGCGCUUGUUGCAUGGGUAGGGAUCCCCACCGCCCCAGCUUGGCUUCCUACUUACAUGCUUAUCAAGUCAGAGAAGCUCAAUUAUGAGAGGCUAUGACCCACAGCUGGGGCGCAGAAUUUAGACACUACGUUGUUUUUUUUAUGUUGUAAGAGAGUAUAAUUCAGGAAGCUUGGUUUGAAACACCGUCUGAGACUAUCCCAUCCUAUGUGUUGUGCUACGUGAGAACUUUGAAGUUUUUGGUGAUGAUUAUAUGUGCUUCACUAUUCUAAAUAAAUAUAUUUAUUUAA